AUGAAGUUCGCGUCCCCCGACUGCCAAGAGCUGACAAUAUGCGAUGCAAGGCCGUUCGUGAACGCCGAAGCGAACAGGUUCAAGGGCGGAGGGACCGAGGACUCCAAUUACGCGGGGUGCCAUGUCGAGUUUCUCAACGUCGACAACAUCCAUGAGAUGGCGAAGAGCUUGGCGAAUUUCCGCAAAGGCAUGAGCCAGCAGGAGGAUCACGCCAGCUGCGCCUCCGCCGUGUCUGGUUGGCUUGGCCACCUCGGCGCUGUGAUCAAAGGCGCAGGUUUCGCAGCCUCGGUCAUGGAAAGUGGGGAGAGCGUUGUCGUGCAUUGCAGCGACGGCUGGGACCGAACGAGCCAGAUAGUCUGCCUUACCUCAUUGUUGCUGGAUGGGCACUACCGCACUAUCCAAGGGUUUCCAGACUUGAUCGUCAAAGACUGGCUACUCCCAGGGCACAGGUUUGCACACAGGAACGGACUCGCAGCGAGGAAGGAACAGCGGUCUCACCAGGAUGCCCUGUCUCCUAUAUUCCUGCAGUUUGUCGAUUGCGUAGCGCAGGUCUGGACGGUGUACCCGCAUUUCUUCCAAUAUUCUAUACAGUUGUUAGCUUUCGUCGCUGCGGCGGGCCAUUCGUACAGCGGGAGGUACAGCACCUUUCUGGGCAACUGCCAGGGCGAGCGAGAGCAGCUGCGGGCCGACCGUGGCCCCUGCUUGUGGACCGAGCUGCUCUCGGACCAGGGGCGGUGGAAGAACCCGCUGUACGACCCCAGAACCGCAAGGGCCUGCAUCGUGCCCUGCGUCGUUCCUCCGAGGAGGCUCGCCUUCUGCGCCGAGCUGUACUCCAGCCUCGGCGGCCUCUUCGCAGAGGACGUCGACGUCGGCUCCUGGGCCCGGCGGGCCUCCAGGCAGGCCAGCCUCCUUGCGGACUUCACGCCUUGCCGCAGGCCCUCUCGCCCCGCCGCCUGCUCUUCGGGCGCCAGGAGACCCGCAGGGGCCGGUUGGCGGCCCUGCCGAGCCAGGACCGGGGAGCCGUCCACGCUGCUCACCAUCGCAGAGAGCGCCCUCCGCCGGUUCCUAUGCGUGGACGACUCGUUCGCGCAGGCGCCCACCGUCUCCGUGGCCGACUGCGCCGAGCACAGCGACCACACGGAGUUCGUGAUUGCCGUCAGGGCCGCCGGCAGGACCCUGGAGGUCCGGCGCCGCUUCUCGGAGUUCGACAAGCUGGCGCACGACCUGCAGGCGGCCGGCAUGGCGUUCACGGAGCCCUUCCCCCGCAAGACGCUCGGGCGAUGCCGCGGCGGGAGCCUCGUCCAGCGCAGGCAGAGGCUGGACAGCUGGCUCCUGGCCGUCCUCGCGGAGGCCCGGGCCCUGGAGGCGUAG